UAAGUUGCAGCAUGUUAUUGUAUAUGAAGAAGAGGAAGUUCUGUAUUAAGUAAAUGUAAUCAGUAUGUUGGUAUUUUUAUUAUCCUGACGACCUGGUACACUCUCUAAUGGACGAUGAAAACAUUUUACUGAGUUAUGCUUUUCCAGAGACAGCAACUUCAGAUUUUUUAGUGGAAAAACUAAGAAAGCAUGGAGUUGACGGUAGCAUGUUGGAAAACAUACAAGCGUCUCAUUCCCAGUUAGUGAAGUGUUUUUACCAGAACUGUGCCUCCUUGCCGAGAAGAAAGCCCCGUGACAAUCGUCGCGGAAAAGUUACAACUGAAAAACAUAAAAAGGAGGAAAAAAUAGUUGCAACUAUUUCGAAUGUUGAAACUGACAAAACUCCUUCAGCUGUCCAAGAUACACAGAUGUCUGAAAUGGAGAAACUGGAAAGGCGAUCACGCUUAGCGAAUACAAAACAAAUUGAAGAAAAGAAAUUAUCGACCCAUGAACCAAAACUACGAAAGAUAACCAUGACAAAAGCCCCUCAAGAUGCAGAGAACCCAAGUCCCGCCAUGAAUUCAACUUCCCCACCAUGUGUUAAACGUACUGCUCGUAUUAAACUAAAACGCAACAAUUGCAUGUCCCCUGCUCUGAAUGCAUGCAAAGUCAAAAAACUAUCGCCCUAAGUGUUGCUCUUUUACCACUGCAUCAUGUUUUUGAACAUCUUUCCGUUUUAUACUUGUUUUACCCUUUUUCAAUUAAACAUGACUUGAAAGAACAA